AUGGUUGAAGCUAGCUAUAGCAAAGACAUUCUUUUGCCAAUUAUCACAUGGGUGGAACAAAUUUUGGCUUACCUUUUCAGACGUAAGUUUGCUGCAUUUGUCAAUGCACCAACCAUUGAUGGUGUUGAGGAUCCCCCUGUUCCUGGUUCUCCAACCAAAUGGCAAGAAAGGCAGGACAAGAAAGCCAAAUACCUGAGCAGAAGAAAGUACUUCAGGCGAAAACCUGAUAUACUUUUGACUUCCAUAAACAGCAGAGCUCACGUCAAAACCACUACCGACUUUACCCUGCGCUAUACAGUGAGCAGUUUGAGCUAUGAUAUGCACGACAUCCAAUUCCUUCGAGACUUGAUCCCCAGGAAGAGAACUAUUUUCUAA